AUGUCGGUCUACUUCAAAGGCGCCACACAGAACUCCGACUGUGACUCUCCUCCUCAGAAUCACCCAUCGCCACCGAACCUUCUUGCAUCUCAAUCAUCUGCCGCGGCUCAAGCCUCAUUAUCGAACAAGGCUUCUGAUCACAACAUUGAAGCAAAGAAAAUAGUCGACCCCACCUCUCGCCAGCCGAUAUGCCACAACCAAUUUCUAGGCCUUGGUUGCAUACCGAAUCCUCUGCUCAUCAAGCAAUACCACUCGUCUAUUAUAGUCGACAUUCACUCCGGCUCCCCCUCACCUCCCGAAUCUCACAUUGCCUGUGCAGGGAGCUCCAGCCCUGACAAUCCCAACAUCAAUGGUAGUCAAUCCUCCGAACAGGGCCUACAAUCCUUCAGUCGCCAGCCCUCACCCUGUGGACCGGAGGACCCAGCCUUGCUAGAUAAUGCGCCCAGUCUGGAUACGAUAUCGCCUCCUCCAUCUGCCCCACCAAUGCGCUUCUCAACUACAGCCAGGCCUCUGAUUGAUCCUUCCGGUCUCUUGGCGGACUCAUCCUCUCAUCAAUCUCACUGCCGCAUCACUGAGUCAGCCGCCUCCGCUCUCUUCAGUGGGAAAGUGUCAUCCAGGAACUCACAUUUGAACAUGACCUUGCCCUGCAACCUGCGCACUCUAUCAACCGCCUCGACCUCUACAACCGACUCAAGUCCGUGUUCUGACCUGGGAUUCAGCCAAUCUCUCGCCCACCAGUCAAUCUCCGCCCCGGUUAUGCACUAUUCCGAUGGCGAAGAGUACCUCUCGACGCCACUCACCCCACCCUCUGUCCUGUUCCCCUCCUCCAUCCUACUUACCUCGCAUCCUUUGUCACAAUCGGUCCCCUCAGGGCCUCGACCGCAGUGCGCCCACAGCACUUCUGUACAAACCAACCCCUCGCCACCGUCAGUCUCGCCCUUGAGCUAUCUUCCCUCGGUAUAUCACUCACCCCACAAGGCCAACUUCACCGAUUUCCUUGCAGAGCAAUUCCUCAAGAUUCAGUCUCUUUCUCCCAUUUCCACGUCCUCAGGUGUCUGUCAAAGUCAAGCCGAAGCAGCCGACCAAUGUCGCCAAAUCAAGUUGGAACUCAACGAGUACAUCCUCAAGAAUUCGUUCAACCAUCAUUCGUAUCACUCCCCCGCGCACACUGAUAAUCUUCAGCAGAACGAAAUCAUCAUCCUCAACGGCUUGAUUCAUCUCUUGGACGACAAGUUGGUCAAUUUGCAAAAUGGUCUCACAUCUGCCGAUACACAUUCAAAUGUUGAACGGGCAGAACCUCAGAGCAAAUAUGAGAUUGACGAGGCUCCGGUUGUUGAUUACAUCACCACUGAAACUAAGCAGGAAACUUUGAAACCUUACAAAAUUGUCGUUAAUAACAAAGAGCUUACCGCGGAGGAAGAGUUGAAAUUACUGAAGGCACAAGUUAGCGACUUUGCCCGGGUCUGCAAGGCCGUUGCCAGGGGAGAUUUAUCGCAAACUGUCACCAUCAAUGUUCAAGGUCAUGAUUUGACAGAGCUGAAAGCUGUCGUCAACGGAAUGGUCCAACAGCUGAGGUGUUUCGCCGGGGAAGUGACAAGGGUGUCUAUUGAGGUCGGAACAGAAGGUAGGUUAGGCGGGCAGGCAGUCGUCGAAGGUGCCGAGGGUGCUUGGCGACAACUCACCGACGUCGUCAAUACCCUCGCCGCCAAUCUCUCCGAACAGGUACGCGCCAUCGCAGGCGUGACUAAGUCAAUCUCCAGAGGCGACCUCAGCCAAAAGAUCCAAGUUGAGGCCAAGGGCGAGGUUCAGGAACUGGCAAUUACUAUCAAUGACAUGACCGACCAGCUGAGAUCGUUCGCAGAGGAAGUCAGUCGGGUAGCAUUAGAUGUGGGAACUAAAGGACGACUUGGCGGGCAGGCUGUGGUGCACGGCGUUGAAGGCACAUGGAAAACGCUUCGAGACAACGUGAAUCAAAUGGCAUCCAACCUAACCAGUCAAGUCAGGAGUAUAGCCACUGUCACUUCUGCAAUCGCGGCUGGGGAUCUGAAUCACAAGAUCGAAGUCGAGGUGAUGGGCGAGAUGGCCGAGCUGAAGCAGACUGUCAACGGAAUGGUCGACAAGCUCAAAGUUUUCUCAACCGAAGUGACUAGAGUAGCGCUCGAAACAGGAGUACAUGGGAACCUCGGUGGUCAAGCCGUCGUUGAAGGUGUCCAAGGUGUCUGGCUCGACUUGACCUCGAACGUGAAUCGGAUGGCUAAAAACCUGACCGACCAAGUCCGAGAAAUCGCAAUCGUUACCACAUGUGUGGCCAAGGGGGACCUCACCCGUCUGAUCACCGUGUCGGCUCAGGGGGAGAUUCUCGAGCUCAAGUCGACGGUCAACUCGAUGGUUUCCACGCUCAGAUCAUUCGCUGAGGAAGUCAGCAGGGUUGCACUCGAGGUUGGAACUGAGGGCAAACUGGGAGGAAAAGCCCAAGUCCAAGAUGUUUUCGGAACAUGGAGAACGCUGACUGACAACGUCAAUACGAUGGCCCACAACUUAACCACCCAGGUCCGAGGGAUCGCCAAGGUCACAACAGCGGUCGCGAAGGGAGAUCUCAGUCAGAAGAUCGAGGUGGACGUCAAAGGGGAAGUGCUCGAGCUGAAGUCUACCGUCAAUGGAAUGGUAGAUUCCUUGCGGCUCUUCGCUUCGGAGGUCACCAGGGUUGCGCGAGAAGUCGGAUUUGAUGGCAAGCUUGGAGGUCGUGCAAAUGUGGAAGGGGUCAAUGGCGAAUGGAGAAACCUGACUGAUUGUGUGAAUACCAUGGUCGACCGCUUGACCAGUCAAGUUCGAUCAAUUGCAAUCACCACCACGGCUGUCGCCCAAGGAGAUCUAACCAUGAAGGUAGAUAUUGAGGCCGCGGGAGAAAUCGCCGAAUUGAGAGACACGGUUAAUACUAUGAUUGACCGACUGAACAUCUUUGCGUCAGAAGUAGGAAAAGUCUGCCUGGAAGUCGGAAAAAAUGGAAAUCUCGGUGUUACUGCUCAUGUGACUGACAUCGAUGGGACAUGGAAAGACCUCACGAAGCAGGUUAAUCAGAUGGCUAUGAACUUAACCGCUCAAGUGAGAGCAUUUGCACAGAUAUCAUCUGCAGCUACGAAUGGGGACUUCAGCGCCUUCGUGACUGUUGAAGCAUCGGGUGAGAUGAACAGUCUGAAGAACCAGAUCAAUUCAAUGGUGUUCAGCUUGCGCGACGCCCUCCAGAAAAAUACCGCGGCUAGAGAAGCCGCUGAGAUGGCCAACCGGAGCAAGUCGGAAUUUCUGGCGAACAUGAGUCACGAGAUUCGCACACCUAUGAAUGGAAUCAUCGGGAUGACCCAAAUCACCCUCGCCACCGAGCUCACUCGCCAACAACGAGAAAACUUGACAAUUGUCUACGCAAUGGCCAACAAUCUGCUGUUGAUUAUUGAUGAUGUCUUGGAUCUAAGCAAAAUUGAAGCUGGUCGAAUGACGAUUGAGAAAGUCCCAUUCGCCCUCCGAACCUCAAUCUUCGAUGUACUUAAAUCGCUGGCUGUGAAGGCUCUGACCAGCAACUUACAGCUAGUUUUUGAGAUUGCCCCCGAUGUACCCGACUUUGUUGUUGGUGACCCAUUCAGAAUGCGACAGGUCAUCACGAACCUGAUUGGGAAUGCCAUCAAGUUCACCUCUCGCGGACAUGUUGGCCUAAGCUGUAAAGUAUCUACACUGGAUCCAGCCACCCGCGAACAUCGGCUUGAAUUUUGUGUCUUCGACACUGGGAUCGGAAUCAAACCCGACAAACUGAACCUAAUCUUUGACACUUUCUGUCAAGCUGACGGCUCAACCACCAGGAAAUACGGAGGCACCGGUUUAGGGCUCACGAUCUCGAAACGCUUGGUCAAUCUCAUGGAAGGCACUCUGUGGGUCGAGAGUGAAUACAACCAUGGCUCCCGGUUCUACUUCACCACCUCGGUUCAAUCGGACGAUGAUAAACCUUUCGAGAAGUGGGCCAAGAAGGCUGUCUACCCCCAGGCGCAGGUGCUCAUCGUCGCGAGAGAAUCCGGCGAAGAGAAGCAGAUCGUCCAAGUGGCCAAAGUCAUUGGGCUGUCUCUCACUGUCGUCGAGUCCUUGCAGGAAGCAAACGUACUAACCCUCAAAGACGCAAACCAGAAGUGGAGCGCAAUUAUUAUCGACUCACUGGAACGGAUUUCCCAACUGCGGGAUUAUGAAGGUCUGAGACAUAUCCCGACUGUCCUGAUCGCUCGGGAACUACCGAGGUUGGAUAUCAAAGUCUGUCUCGAUUAUGGCAUCGCCAACUGCAUCGAAUAUCCUGUUUCGCCCUCCAAUUUGUUCAACGCCCUUGCUCCGGCCCUGGAUCAAACCUUGACCACGGCGUCUUCGAACUGCUCGACGGUUUACAAGAUCCUACUGGCCGAAGACAAUCACGUCAACCAGAAAGUUGCGACGAAGCUGCUAGACAUGGGCGGACACAAGGUCGAGGUGGUCGACAAUGGCGAACUUGCAGUCGAAGCUGCUACCAAAAACACUUACGACCUGGUUUUGAUGGAUGUUUCCAUGCCCACAAUGGGUGGCUUGGAAGCUACUAGCUUGAUCCGCAAGCACGAGCAAGAGAAUCACCUCGAACGAGUCCCCAUCAUUGCCUUGACAGCUCAUGCAAUGCUCGGAGAUCGUGAAAGAUGUAUAGAUGCUGGAAUGGAUGACUACGUGACCAAACCUUUACGAAAAGCUGACUUGGACGCCUCGAUGAGUCGAUGUGUCGCGAUCGCCCGCGCCAGUCGUCAACCAGACACAGGCAACUUUCGCCAUCUGCCACAUAUCAAAGGCGUCGCCGAUCCUGAACCGGCGCCCUCCCUUUCUGCCCCGCCGACACCCUCCUCGCCCAUUAGUCUGAUCUGA